AUGGCAGCAGCGCUUCGUGGACUUCGGUUCAGCUACGAUUGCUCCCUCAUCGCGAAAGAAUCGGUACUCUGGGGAGAUAGAUGGAUGUCGACGCAGCGCGUAAGGGUUGAGGGUGGAGAGGCGCGGAUCGUCAAGGCAGAGCGAGAAGGGCUAGGCCUGAACAAGACGUCUACGUCGCACGGCUUUGGCUGGUGGCUACCAGGGAAGUUUGACUGGAGUACCUGGCGGUUCACUUCCGAUGUUGGCGAUCGACUCGCCGUGGGCAACGACCUCCUACGCCAGGAUUACAAGCGUCAAUGGAGAGUCCUCAAGGAUAUUCGAGACGUUCACGUUCGCAUGUGGCAAGCCCAGAGUUGGUUAGGGCGAUAUCGAGUGCAGGACGACGCGGCGGCGAAGAGACUGUGGCUUGAAUACUUGCACUCUACAGUCAUCGAGCUCUUUCAGCGGGAUGUCUGGCGUGUAGCCUUGAGGAGCGUGAGCUGGAAGACAGGCUCCGAUGUCACCGAUGAGGCAUCGAUGAGGUAUCCCGAGUCUAGCCCACCGAGCUUCUGCUAUGAUACGUUAUCGGAUCUGUUUCACGACCGUCAACAUGAUACGAGCCACACGAGACCACACCUCGUCGCUGGCAAUAAGAUACGUUCGACCAGUAUGAAGGACCUUUUCGAUGACCUGUUCUCACCGAGCUCUACCGGCACGACCAUGAAGCGUCGUAGAGGGUGGGCUUCGCUGCCCUAUCGUAUCGCGACUCGUCGAAGCAUCGAGCUCGUGGAGAUGGUGCUUGGGGCGGCGGCCGCAACACAGUGGUACGCACAGCUUAGGCGAAUUGUGCUAUUGACACAUUGGAUUCUGCCCUGGCCGUCAGACACAGAGCUUCUAACGACGACAAAAGAAAGUAGGGCUACCAAUCUCAAACGCCGGCUUACUUGGGCCUCGGUUGUCCACAUCACUCCAUCUUCCAAGUCUACAGGGCACGUUGAGCCUGCUGUACCGACGCGAAAGGUCAACGACGCAGACCGUCAGGUCUCCACUCAAGACGAUCUAUCGCAACUACUGUCAGAAGUAUGCAGGCGUCGGUUCGGGGAUAAAGGCUGGGCAAGUAGUGCAGACAAUGCAAAACCGUGCUACCACUGGUCUACAGGAGACUUGAUCAGCAUCACGCGCAACUGUAUUGGAAUUGAUACGCUUCGACUUGGCCGUGCUGUUGGGGCAUAUAAUAGAGGUUGUAUCUUUCCCGUAGUAGAGAACGGCCAUCCGCCCCAAUUACGGAUGGUCACGCGUAUUCGAGAUAAAACCCUAGACGAGCUCAGCCAAGUUUUCAGCGAGCUACUGGAGGUUAGCAACGUUCAUCCUAGCUCUCCAGGGGGAAGCAUCACACCCGAAAUUGGACAGUCUCGCGUAUCAUUUUCGCGUUCCGCGACAUGGCAAGCUGAGCAAGAAGCUCCAAGAGUUCCAGCAGCACAGUCACGAGGAUUCCGUUAUCUACAACUGCUAGCUAGGAAACGUCCACGAACAGCGGAGGAGCGGGAAAGACUCCGGAGACAUUUCCGACGACGUAACUAUAUACGAGCUGGUAAGGUUGUCGUCGGUACGGAUUCGAUCCAUUCCGACGAUACGGGUUCGAGCGCGCAGACAGAAGAGACGGACCAGUCGUGGAGACCACAGAAACGUUUGAGAAAGGCAGUCAGAGACCAGAUGAUAGUCAGGCUAGAGUAA